UGGCCAUGAAAUGUGUGGGAGAGGCUUUUCCGUAACUUGACCCUUCUUUCAGUGGGACGGAACUAUCGAAAGGAACAACAAGCUUAUAAAUACAUUGGGACCUGGAAUUCAGUUGUCGAACCACGACAGUGACAGCGUUUAACAAAAUGUGAGAACCCAAAAUAUCUCUAGACCUUGCUCAAUGUCCUCUGGAGCAGAGGAGCAAAAUCCCCCUGGUUGAGAACCACGGGACUACAUGACCUCAUGGGACUAAGCAAGGCCGUGUUACUGAUGCGCCCCACUGCUUGGACGUUCACUGAAAACUUCCUGUUAAUCCACGUGGACUGAUUAGUGAAUAUCAUUAACCUCUGUACAGGAGCUAAAAAGGAAAGAGAGAGAGAGAAACAGAGAGCCAUUAUAUGACAGAUUUCAUGCUUAGAGAAACCUCCAGAAGACUGCUAUCAUGGCAGAGAAACCCAAGCUCCACUACUACAAUGCACGGGGCAGAAUGGAGUCCAUCCGGUGGCUCCUGGCUGCAGCUGGAGUAGAGUUUGAAGAGAAAUUUCUAAAAUCUGCAGAAGAUUUGGACAAGUUAAGAAAUGAUGGAUGUUUGAUGUUCCAGCAAGUGCCAAUGGUUGAGAUUGACGGGAUGAAGCUGGUGCAGACCAGAGCCAUUCUCAACUACCUUGCCAGCAAAUACAACCUCUACGGGAAAGACAUAAAGGAGAGAGCCCUGAUUGAUAUGUAUACAGAAGGUAUAGCAGAUUUGGGUGAAAUGAUCCUUCUUCUGCCCUUUUGUCAACCUGAGGGAAAAGAUGCCAAAGUUGCCUUGGUCAAAGAGAAAAUUAAAAACCGCUAUUUCCCUGCCUUUGAAAAAGUCUUAAAGAGCCAUGGACAAGAUUACCUUGUUGGCAACAAGCUGAGCCGGGCUGACAUUCACCUGGUGGAACUUCUCUACUACGUGGAAGAGCUUGACUCCAGCCUUAUCUCCAGCUUCCCUCUGCUGAAGGCCCUGAAAACCAGAAUCAGCAACUUGCCCACGGUGAAGAAGUUUCUACAGCCUGGCAGCCCAAGGAAACCUCCCCCAGAUGCAAAAUCUUUAGAAGAAGCAAGGAAGAUUUUCAGGUUUUAGUAAAGCAGCCAUGGAGGCCAAGAACAUACAAAACCAAUAUUCUAAAGUUUUGCAACAAUAAAGUGCUUUACCUAAGUGUUGACUGUGCCUGUUGUGAAACUAAUGAACUCGUUCCAAUUGUAUGUUAAUUAAAUAAUACAACUCCUAUUCGCCGACUUAGUUAAAAUUGAUUUCUUUUCAUUAGGAUCUGAUGUGAAUUCAGAUUUCCAAGCUCCUCAUAGCCAACCAUUUUCUUGGAAUUAAAAAUUCAGUAAAAAAGGAAACUAUAAA